GGACACAAGGACGCACCGUUUACAUCGACGCUCGUGCGAUGUCGCCCAUCCAUAUAUCGGCAGCAAGCGGACCAGUGCUCAGCUACUGCUCCCGUGGCUGAGAGAUGGUGGCCGUGGCGCAAGUACUUCCGGGCUUGAUUAUGAGCAGCAUCGGCCUGGCUCUAAACUUCACCUCGAAUCUCAUGAAGAACAACGCUAAAGACCCCGAUGUGUGCACGACCAUCGAGGCGCUGGUGCGCAGCAAGGGCUACCCGUUCGAGACGCACGAGGUAGCGACGGAGGACGGCUACCUCCUGCAGAUGCACCGGAUACCUCAUGGUAGGAACGGACACUGCGGUGCCAACGAGACGGGCAGGCCGUGCUGCGAGCGAGGACCCGUGUUCGUCAUGACCGGCCUCUUAGCAGACUCGGCCUCCAUGGUGCUCGACUUCCCCAAGCAAUCGCUCGGAUACGUACUGGCUGACACUGGAUACGAUGUGUGGCUCGGAAACGUCCGCGGGAACACCUACGGAAAAAAGCACAAGCAUUUGGACGUGAAAUCCAAAAAGUUUUGGAAUUUCUCGUUUCACGAGCACGCCAUCUUUGACGUCCCAGCCCACAUCGACUACAUUCUGAAGGAAACCAAGCGCAAAGACCUUCUCUACAUCGGCAUGUCUCAAGGCACCCUUACGUUCUUCACGAUGUUAUCUGAAAAACCAUGGUACAACGACAGGAUCAAAGCUUUCGCUGGAUUGGCACCGUUCUACAAGUUGGGGCACCUAAAAGUACCGCCAUUAGCUGUAUUUUCACCUUAUGCCGAAGCACCAUUGCGUUUGGCCCACGCCGCCGGCAGCUACGAGUUGCUGCCCCAGGGAAUGCCAAUUGCUGGCUUCGUGCGCCAGUUCUGCGGAUACGCGACGCGCGGCAUCUGCGCCUUUCUGGCUGACAGCUUCGCCAAUUUCGGAAGCAGAUACAUUAACGAGUCCAGAAUACCAGUCUACUUAUGCCACGUGCCGGCUGGAACAUCUAUGAAGAACAUCAUACACUUCGACCAGCUUGUGAAAUCUAAGAAGUUCCAAAAGUUUGACUACGGGCCGUUCUACAACAAGGACUACUAUGGAAAUCGGAGAGUUCCGGAGUACGAGCUGUCCAACGUGCAGACUGACCUUGGAAUCUUCUGGAGCGCCGGUGAUGAGUUUGUGCCCCCGGAAGAUGUUCGUGAGCUUCUCAAGUCGCUGCAACGGAAUGUCAAGAUGAGUCACUACAUCGACGACCCCUUCUACACGCACAUCCACUUCCUCGUGUCCACGACCAACGGAGUGUACCUGUACAAGGAACUGCUUGGUUUUCUCCGACGCUACGAUGACAAGGGAGAACCUUGUCCUGCUGCUUGAGGAAUGCACUUGUGACACGUGCUAUUAGCCCGCAUUUGAUCGUCAACACUGCCCACUUUCUACACGUGGUACUGCUGCUAGUCAAUGACUGUCGGCAAUCGCCGAUACUAAAUUCGACAAAAAUGUAUCCCGUCGAGGUAAACGGUUAUGAAUAAACAUGAAAUGCGGCAGAAAUG